AUGGAUCUGCGCACUUUUGCUGUCACCACCGCCAUCAUGUUCUUCAUGGCUAGCUGUAUUUCUCCUGCACCUGCCUGCAUUCAUCUCGAAACAACCAGCGAUAAAUGCAGGAACGCAGACAUCCGGAUCAAUGGCAAGAGAUACCCACGUGGAAGCCAUGGUCAAAUCAACUGGCCAACCUACCAGACCGAAUUGUUCUGGAAAUGUGGCUAUACCAAAGAGCGCGUAGGAUUUGAGAGGGCAAACCGAGUAGAUUUCUACUUCGCCAGUGAUACCAUCACGUGGUAUAUUUGGAGGUGCUGA